AUGAUCGCCCUUGUGCUUCCCCACAUGAGGGAGCAAGGGUGGGGCCGUAUUAUCAAUAUUUCUUCUAUCUACGGGCGCGAGCACGGCGGGUCCAUCGACUACAUGGCGGGGAAAGCGGGGUUGAUAGCCCUGUCCAAGCACCUCGCGCUGCAAUUGGCGCCCAUCAACGUGCGGGUCAAUUCAAUCGCGCCAGGGUCGAUAGACUUCCCGGGCAGCACUUGGGAGCGAUUCCAGCAGAACAACCCUCCCGAGGUGGUCGAUGAAUUCAUCGCCCGGAACCUUCCCGCAGGGCGCUUCGGCUGGCCCGAACCCAUAGGCGAGAUGGUGGCCUUCCUGUCGUCGGACCGGGCCGACCUGGUUACGGGCGCUUGCAUCAACGUGGACGGCGGACAGUCCAAGUCAUUGUUUUAG